AUGUUUUCUUUUCUUUCUUUCACGUCGAGUGACAUUCGACCUUUAGCGAAUUUUUUCCCCAACCCAACUGGCAUCAGUUUCGUCUGCAGAAUGCCGGGCCUGUCAACACCAGAUAUGCCAAAAAACAACCUUCUUCUGCUUUAUGGUUUUAUAUGUCGACACUCUGAGAUAAGAUUACUUGAAACUUAUCUUCUGUGUAGGUUCUCUUUUUUUCAUGUUUUCUUUUUUCUUUCUCGGGUUUUCUUUGACGUUACUUCUUUUCCUUUUUAUGCACUAACGUUUUUUUUUCGCCUUUCUUAUCGACCAUUUUCCAUUCGUUUUUUUUUAAUUUCUUCAUCUUACUUUUAUUUCUUUCAUUUUUUUCACCCUUUAUUUCCAUUGGUUUCCCUGUGCCAUUUUUCAUUCCUUUUUCGCUCUGCCACACGGCCCUUGCUCUCCCCUUGCGCUCUCCAUCAAUCCCACCAACCUAUUUCCUUCUCGUGUCAUCUUUCCUCCAAUGCAUUAACCUUACUUCAUCUCACUCCUCCUUUCUUCGAAUAUUGCUUAAUUUUGCUUUCACGCUCUCCAUAUUUUCUCUUCAUCUCUCUCUUUCUCUCCACUUUAACUUUGUUCCGUUCCUCUCUCCCCCUUUGUUUGUUUGUUUGCUUCUUUCUUUCUUUCUUUCUUUCUUUCUUUCUUUCUUUCUUUCUUUCUUUCUUUCUUCUUCUUCUGCUCACUUCUUUACUUCCCUUCAGUUUUCUCUUCUUUUCUUUCCAUCUUUUUUUUCUUCCUUCGCGCCAUCCCUCUUUUCUCCGCCACCCAUUUAUCUAUUCUUCCUUUUCCUUCUUUCAUCGUCUAUUUAAUUCACCUCUUUCUACAUCCAUUUCUCUUACCUUCCCCUUUCUUUCAUUUCACCCUCUCUUUCUACUCAUUUCCUCUCUUCUCUUGCCCCUCAUAUUUUUUCAUAUCCUUCUCUUUCUAUCACUUUUAUCCCACUCUUUCUAUAUCCAUUCCUCUUACUUUCCACUUUCCUUUACUUCUCCUUCUCUUUCUACUCUUCUUUCUUUUCUUCUUUGUUCCCUUUCAAUAUUCUUUAUCUUUCCUUCUUUCUUCGCUACUUUCAUUCUCCUCCUCCUACAUCCAUUCUUUUACACUCCCCUUUUUCUUCAAUGUCCCUAUAUCUUUAUUACUCUUCUUUUUUUCUUUUCCCUCUUCUUCGUCCAACUCUUAUCUCUUCAUUUCUUUCCACCUUUCUCUGUCAUUUUCAUUGCCCGCUUCCUAUAUCCAUUCCUCUUAACUUCCUCUUUCCUUCAUUUUCCCCCUCUCUUUCUACUCUUCUCUCUUCCUCACUUUCCUUCGCCCCCCUUCACAUUUCUUCUAUAA